AAGUACGAUAACUCUUGUGAAGGGAGAACUGGAAGGAACCUUGGUUGUUCACUACUCGCUAUCGAGCAGCCAGUCUCCAUCACUUUAAGUGGGAUGAAGUUUGUAGCGUUAUCUGUGCUGUUGCUAUUUCCCUUCGCUGCACAGGGAAAGACCGUGCAAGGCGAGGGGGCAGUGGGGGCCCUGUGCUCCAUGGGCGGUGGGGUGCAGGGCCGGUGUCAGGAGGUGGGGGCAUGCCUGAGGGAAGGCGGGGUGGUGGAGAGGGAAGGGGAGGUUCAUCUGUGCACUGCUCAAGCGUCAGACAUCAUUGUGUGUUGCAGGAAACCCCAUAUUGUGGCCAAACAGUUGUGUGAAGCGUGGGCGCAAUACUGGCGAGGUCCUGAGGGGCACUGCGUGGAGGAGACGAGUCUUAUCGUAGGAGGGGUGGACGCUGACCCUGGAGAAUUCCCUCAUAUCGCUAUCAUAGGCGAGAAGAGCAACAACCUGCCCAUCCUGUGGUACUGCGGAGGAACGUUGCUGUCGCCCUACUAUAUACUCACCGCCGCUCACUGCGUCACGGGAGUCGACACGGAGUACUGGGUGACUCUUGGGGAACACGACAGGAAAAUAAGCAGGUUCAACGAUACUCUGCCGGUGAUUAAAGGCCCUGUUCCGCAAUCCCUUCGCUUCGGUGACAGAUUGGCCUCCUUCACUAACACCCGCGCCCCCAUUGAGCAGUUAGUGCGUGUGGAGGAAGUCAUAAGGCACCCAGAGUAUCAUUUCUUCAAGUAUUUCGACAUUGCACUCCUCAAACUCAAUACACCGGCAAGCCUGACUAAGCGAGUCCUGCCAGCCUGCCUGCCCAUUGUGACCACGGAUGACCUGGUGGGGAAGGAGCUCACUGUCUCUGGCUGGGGAUGGACUGCCUUUGGAAACCCAGAGCUGACAAGAAUCCUGCAGAAGGUAACAGUGCCGGUGGUGGAUCAGCUGGAGUGCCAGUUAAGGAACCCUGACUACAACGGCGUCAGUAUUCCAAAGGGUAUCCUGAAGGACCAGCUGUGUGCGGGGAAACCUGGCCGGGAUUCCUGCAGGGGUGACAGCGGAGGUCCUCUCAUUGACCAGAAGGAGAGAACCGGAGGGCGUUGCGAGCACACUGUGGAGGGAAUUGUCAGCUUCGGGCGUGGGUGUGGUGAGUUGGGCGUGUAUACUCGUGUUUCUUCUUACUUGGAUUGGAUUACUGGACACGUGGCUCCUGGUUAUCCAUCGGCAUUUGUUACCUAAUGAGUCAACAAGUGUUCUGGAUUCCUACCUGUUUAUUUCACCGUAUCUCUUCCUUUAAUCUAUUCUUGUUUGUUUAUGUAUUGAUGUAUGCACGUAUUGUUGUUUGAGCAAGUGGUGAAUUCUGAUGACGUGUUAUCUCGUUUUUAUUUUCUUUUAUUUUUUUGAGUUGUAUUUGUUGUUGUGUGAUUGGCGUUUUCUUAUUAAUUUAUGUUGUAGUCUUGUGUUUAUUCUUUGAUUUAUUUUCAUUCAUAUUGUUACUUACUUAAUUUGUUUGUGUGUAUUUCUCCUCCUUCAUUUUCUUUUUUUUUUUUUUCGUUUUCUUCU